AUGGCUUCCUCAGACAAGGCGACUCCCGAAGUCCUGUGGGCUCAGCGUUCUUCUGAGACCGAGCCCGAGAAGAACUAUGUCAUCCUCACAAUCAGUGUUCCCGAUGUACCCAAAGAGUCUCUGAAGCUUGACCUGAAGCCUACCGGUCUCAAGUUUGAGGGUACCUCAGACACGAAGAAAACCACCUAUCUCCUCGACAUUGAAUUCUUUGCCGAGGUCGACACCGAAAAUUCCAAGACGCACCACACCCCGGCCAACAUCCAAAUGAUCCUGCGGAAGAAGGAGCUCAAGGAGGAAUACUGGCCUCGCCUGCUCAAGGACAAGGCUAAGGUGCAUUUCCUGCGGACGGACUUCGACAAGUGGGUCGACGAGGACGAGCAGAACGAGGCUCCUGAAGACGAUUACCUGAAUCAGUUCGGUGGUGGUAUGGGUGAGGACGGUGGAUUCGGUGGCAUUGACUUCUCUAAACUCGGAGGUGGCGCUGGAGGCAUGCCUGGCAUGGAAGGCAUCGGUGCGGAAGGCGGCGACGACGAUGACGACGAUGAGGAUGAUGAGGACAUGCCUGACCUCGAGGAGGAUGACAAGGCCGCUGACAAGGGCAAGGCCAAGGCUUAG